AUGGCCGACGACAUAACACCGCUCGCCUCCCUUUCCAUAACCCACGUCUACUACGACCCCACCGACCCGCUCUCCACACUCGCCGCCCUGCUCUCCCUCCUCCCCCAAGGCCUCUGCGUCGUAUACGCGACGCUCCUCUGGUCGACGCGCGAGGCCGAGGUGCUCCUGCUGUUCGCGGGCCAGCUGGCCUGCGAGGCCGUCAACCUCGUCCUCAAGCGGCUCAUCAAGGAGGAGCGCCCGCCCCACCGCCUCAUGGGCCCCGCGGCCGGGCGCGGGUACGGCAUGCCCAGCUCGCAUGCCCAGUUUGUGUUUUUCUGGGCGGUGGCCGCGGGCCUGUUCCUGUGCGUGAGGCAUCGCCCGAGGCCGCUGAAGGCGGUUAGUAGUAAUGGUGCGGGUGUCGGUGAUGUGCACCGCGCGUAUAGGGUGGGUGGGCUGUCGGCGGCGGCGGCCUCGAUUGAGGCGUACUCGCACUCGCAUUGGACGCUGGGGCAGCGUGUUGUGGUGAGCGGCGGUGGGUUGUUCGUGGCUGGGCUGGUGGCGUGGAGCCGGGUGUACUUGGGAUAUCACAGCGUGCGGCAGGUGCUGGCGGGGUGCGCGGCCGGGGCCGGGUGCGCGGUGGCCUGGUUUGCGGUGACGUACCUGAUGCGGGAGAUGGGGCUGGUUGCGUGGGCGCUGGACAUGCCGCUGGCGAGGUGGCUCCGGAUGAGGGAUCUGGUCGUGGUGGAGGAUCUGUGCCAGGCUGGGUGGGAGAAGUGGGAGGAGAGGCGGAGAAUGGUGCUGGAGAAGGACCGGGCGAGGGAGAAGGCGAAGGCGAGGAAACGGCAAUGA